AUGGCAGAGUCAGAUACUGAAUGGCCUAUCUCUGCCGAGUAUAGCCAGGGCUACUCGGUCGAUGUGGACAUCAUUCGAGAGCAAGAGUAUCCUUUACUAAACGAAACAACCUAUCUUGAUCAUGCGGGGACAACACCCUAUGCCAAAUCUAUGAUCGAAGCCUACUCCCGUGAUCUUUCAUCAAAUCUCUUUGGAAAUCCUCACUCGAUUUCUAUAUCAUCCCAGAUAUCCACGCAGAGAACAGAUGAUAUUCGACUCCGAGUAUUGCGAUUCUUCAACGCAGAUCCGGACGAGUUCGAUCUUGUCUUUGUAGCAAAUGCUACCGCUGGUAUAAAGCUAGUUGCAGACUCAUUACGAGACUCUGACCAUCGAGGCUUUUGGUAUGGCUAUCAUAUCGAUGCCCAUACUAGUCUGGUUGGAGUGCGAGAACUCGCCGGAAUGGGCUACAAAUGCUUCCAAACUGACGAUGAGAUGGAGACUGGUAUUUCGGAUCUGGCUGUCAGCCAGUCAAAAAUUCCUAGACUUAUCGCAUACCCUGCACAGUCCAAUAUGAACGGCCGCCGUUUGCCCAUACGUUGGUGUGAGCAGAUAAGAUCCGCAGCUAACGAAAGCGGAGGCAAUGUAUUCACUCUGCUUGAUGCUGCAUCGCUCGUAUCGACUGCUCCACUUGAACUGGGCCCAGCUUCAUCUGCGCCUGACUUCACUGCGCUUAGCUUCUACAAAAUCUUUGGAUUCCCGGACUUAGGUGCUUUGAUCGUUCGCAAAAGCGCCGCAAGGGCGUUUGAGCGACGAAGAUAUUUCGGUGGAGGUACAGUUGACAUGGUCCUCGCAACCGGGGCCCAAUGGCAUGCGAAGAAGGAGACUUCAAUCCAUGAAAGACUAGAAGAUGGCACUCUUCCCUUCCACAGCAUUAUUGCCCUCGACGCUGCCUUGGAUACACACACACGCCUAUACGGUUCAAUGGCCAACAUUUCAGCACAUACCCGAUUCCUUGCAAAGCGAGUCUUUGAUCGACUUUCUUCAUUGACACAUUUCAAUGAUACGCCUGUCUGUCAAAUCUAUCAGGCGAGCUCGACCUUUGGAAAUACAGACACCCAAGGCCCGAUCAUCGCGUUUAACCUGCGCAAUAGUCAGGGUGAUUUUGUGCCAAAGACAGAAGUCGAGAAAUUGGCCACUGUUCAAAAUCUUCAAUUACGCUCUGGGUCAGUUUGUAACCCCGGCGGAACUGCCUCUACCCUGGGAUGGACUGGCCCUGAGCUUCGUGGGCACUACUCCACUGGAUUGCGUUGCGGGGACAGCCAUGAUGUUAUAGGAGGUCGACCAACGGGCAUUCUGCGCGUAAGUCUCGGUGCUAUGACAAACAUGAAAGACAUCGAUUCGUUGAUCAACUUUGUCGAGGAAUUUUAUGUGGAAAAGAAUCCUCCUAUCGUUGUUAUGGACACUACUAUGGACGAAAACGAAGUUGUGGCCCCUCAUUUCUAUGUUGAGAGCCUUGCAGUGUUCCCAAUAAAGAGUUGCGGUGCUUUUAAGAUACCCGAGGGAAAGCGCUGGGAGGUAAGAAGAGAAGGAUUGGCCUGGGAUAGAGAGUGGUGCCUGGUUCACCAAGGAACGGGAGCAGCAUUGAAUCAAAAGAGAUACCCCAGGAUGUGCCUUAUACGACCGUCAAUCGACAUCAACAAAGGCGUUCUCCGUAUCACUUGCGGAGCAAUAGCCGCAUCUGAUCAAGUCAGCCUCGAGAUCUCGCUCGGCUGGGAAGACACUAGUGUUAUAUCGACCUCAUUUUGCGCAAGUUCGGCCAAAAAGUCCGCGAAAGUUUGCGGCGACACCGUUUUCCUUCAUGCAUACACGUCCCCCGUUGUCUCGGCCUUCUUUUCAGAUUUCCUAGGCGUGCCUUGUACCCUUGCGAGGUUCCCCUCGCAGACUGCGAACCGGUAUUCAAGACCGACACGGGUCCCCAGCACGUGGCAAAACCGUUUCCGCAAACUCAUCAUGCCCGGUUCCUUCCCACUUGAUCUUCCGCCACCACCCCGCGAACAAGGUCUAACUUCAAUCACAUUGUCAAAUGAAUCCCCAAUCUUGGUAGUCUCGCGCUCAUCUGUCAAUCGUCUCAACGAAACAAUCAAAGCGAACGCAAAGCACGGCGGUAGCAAGACUGUUGCUGCCGAUGUCUUCCGCGGUAAUAUUGUAGUCGCUGAGCGAUUAGCUCACCGUGGUGAUAUUGAGCAGCCUUACGCAGAGGAUCGCUGGUCAUCUCUUCGCAUCGGACCUAAUCAACUUCGUUUUGAUGCUCUGGAUCCAUGCCAGCGCUGCCAGAUGGUCUGUAUCGACCAAUUUACUGGCGUCAGACAGGAUGAGCCUUUCUCCACGCUUUCAAAAAUACGGAAUUUUAAUGGAAAGGUCUCCUUUGGUAGGUAUUCUACUCUCUCCCCCGAAGAGGGGGAGGGCUUUGACUCUGAGACCCCAGACCGCAGGACGAUCAUGGUGGGUGAUGUUGUUAUGCCUGCAUACCAGGACUAUUGA